GGAGCACUCAUGCUAGGCGAAGGGCAAACAUGUGAUAGCCUGAAGGCUUGAAGUUCUCCCAAGGCUUAGCCUUUGUAUGUGUGAGCCCCAAAGUCCAAAGGAACAAAUGAUGGGGUAUAGGCCUUCCGUCACUCAUGUUUGAGCAUAGAAUUGAGUAUCCUAUCCAUCCAUUAAUAAUCUCUCACUAAGAACAGUUGAUGGAAUUUCGAUAGAGCUCAGCUCAGCUCAGCUCAGCUCAUAACAACAGGAGCUCCAAGUUUCCCAGGCCCCCACCAACGCCAUAAUCAGCCAAUCAAACGCGCCAAAACCCAUCCCUCAGCACGAUGGCGCGUCAUACCUUCCAUAACCCAUUGCGCCCAUCACCUGGUCGCCUUUACCGUUGCUGGGUCGUCUCUUUUUUUGGACUGUCGCAAACCUCCACCUGAGAUACCAACUUUCAAUCAUUUCAUCUCCCAACAACCACAAAUUUCAUUAGCCAUCUAUCAAGUUUCGAAGUUGCCUUCGCUAUUCUUUCCUUAACCCAAUUGACUUUAUCUUCUCAUUUGACACGCAUUCAGACCUGAUUCGCAAUGUCUGAAGCUACAGAGCAGACUGCGCCUGUCGUGGACGAGACGGCCAAGGCCAUCGAAGAGCCCCAAGUUUCCUCUGAGAAACCGACCGAGGAGCAGCCAGCCGAAGAGACUGCGACCCCAUCCGUUGAUACUCUCGGUCCCUCUGAUGCCCAGAAAGCUGCCGACCAAGCAGAGUCCACUACCGUCACCCCCCUCAUCGGCACCCCCAGCGUUGGCACCCCCAACACCGACUACCUCAUCGCGAACGAUCAAGAUCCCAACUCUAAGAAGGUUACCAUUGCCGACUUGUCAGCAAAGGGAUCUGCCCUGUAUGCUCACAAGAACUACGAGGAGGCCGCUGAGGUCUUCUCACGUGCCAGUGUUCUUCAAGCCGAAGUCAACGGCGAGACGUCACCUGAUAAUGCCGAGAUCCUUUUCCACUAUGGUCGCAGCUUGUUCAGAGUUGGCCAAAGCAAGAGCGAUGUCCUAGGAGGUCCUGCUGCUUCCGAGAAGAAGAAGAGCGCAGAGAGCAAGUCCAAGAAGCCUGCGCAGACUGAGGCACAGAAGGUGACGCAAGAAGGUGUCGGGAUUGUUGCCAAUCAGAAAGAGGGAGAGAAGAAGACCGAGGACAUAAAGGGAGAUAAGAAGCCCCUGUUCCAGUUUACUGGUGACGAGAACUUUGACGAGUCGGACGAGGAAGAGGCCGAGGGCGAAGAUGAAGAAGGGGAAGAAGAUGAUGACCUGGCCACUGCUUUUGAGAUCCUCGACCUUGCCCGAGUCUGCUUCAUGAAGAAACUCGAGCUUCUCGAACAGGAGGAAUCCGAAACCAGCGGCAAAGGCAAGGAGGCUGCAGAGGGCGAUUCGCCUACCGUCCGGCACGUGAAGGAGCGUCUUGCCGACACUCACGAUGCCCUCGCUGAGAUUUCUCUCGAGAAUGAACGGUACGCGCAAGCCCCUACGGGUUUUCAGCUUUGUCCUAACCACAACAUUCAUACAGAUAUCCCAAUGCCAUUGAAGACGGCAGAACCUCGCUCAAAUAUAAGCUGGAGCUGUACCCUGAGGAGUCGGAGAUCAUCGCUGAAGCCCACUUCAAGCUUUCGCUGGCGCUGGAAUUUGCUUCUGUGACAACUGCUGGUGACGAUGGCGCAAAUUCCAAGCGAGAGGAGAUGGACCAAGGCCUGCGAGAUGAAGCCGUCAAGGAAAUGGAGCUCGCCAUCAAGAGCUCAAAGCUCAAGCUUCAGAAUAAGGAAGUUGAGCUGGCCACUAUGGCCUCCCCCGAGGAUAACGAGCUAGCACGCAAAUCCAUCCAGGAGAUGAAGGAAGUCAUUGGGGACAUGGAGCAGCGACUCGUCGAACUGCGCAAUGACCCCAUUGACGCCAAGGACAUUCUGGGUGCUGAUGCUGGACCCAUCGGUGGCAUUCUUGGAGCUGCCCUUGGCGAGUCUGCUGCCGAGACCAAGGCCCGUGUUGAUGAGGCUAAAAAGACAGCAACUGAUCUUAGUGGACUUGUCCGCAAGAAGAACAAAGACGAAUCUGCCGAGGAGCCUGAAGCUGCACGCGUGUCUGAAGCGGAGACUAAUGGCAAGCGAAAGGCAGAAGACCCUGCUGAAGAUACCGAGACCAAGAAGGCCAAGGUGGAAGCUUAGGGUCGAGGUCAAUGGUACUAGUUGGCUAUUGUUUCAGCGGGAAAAAUAACACAGGAUGGAGUUCAGGGCAUUGUCAUAUUGCGACGGAAGGAAAGGAACGGGACGAAAUGGAUGGGAUUUUGAAGCAGCCAAAUGUUACUCUGAGUAUAUGGCAAAAUGCAAAACUACAGCUCUUUGAUGUACGAUUAAUUACGCGGGAUUCUCGGCAUAAUGUACGGAUUUAACAGGAAAGGUGUGAGCAUAACUCAUGAGUGAAGACGAGAACCACUACCUUCAUCUUUUAGGCAUUAACCAAGUCACUCAAACAGGAAUCCAGUAUGGACAUAUGAAACCUAUGCAACAAACAUGAAAAUGCGUUCUUAUUAAGAAUCGCUCGCAAGCCAUGCAAACACCCCAUCGUUACUUUUGAAACCCCGAACCAAACUGCAAAAAGGAAUAAUGCCCCUUGACCAUCUACUACAACUUGAAAUUGCCGCUCGAAGCAACCUUGGCAGUCUUUGCCUUCUUGCCAUCCACGUCGGUGAUUUCUCCCUUGCGGUUGAUGACCUUGACGCCUCCCUUCUUGAGCUCGGCGAUGGUGUCGCGCUGCAUCUUGGCUCUCUUGCUGACAACCUUCUCGCCGUCGACACCUCCAGCCUUGCGCACGCGCUCUUUCUCGCGACGGCGCCGGCGGGCCUUGUCCUCGCGGGACAUCUCCUGGCGGGCGACAGGAAGACCGGCCUUGGUGACGACCUCGCCGUUGGCUGCGUUGUCUGUGGCUCCAGCCUUGUAAACUUCCUGAGGAGCCAUGCGACUGCUCUCACCGGUGACGCCCUGGGCUGUUGUGGGCUGGGCAUCCUCCAUUGCGACGGUGGCAACGUCCGCGACUACGGAUAGUGAGGGUGCUGUGGGCUUGGGCUUGUAGUGCCAUGAGCUGAGGGCGUCCAGACGAGCGCUGACGUCCUUCCACAUAGCCUCAACUUCCUUCUCCUCGCGCUGAAGCUUCUCGUCUGAUUGGCUGACAUAAGUGUCUGGGUUUGUAUUCUUGACGUGCUCUUCCUCGUAGAUCUCGGCCAGACCCUUUGUAGCCUUGGUAUCAUCGAGUUCGACAAGACCACGACGAGUACCUGCGGCUGCACCCUCGGUAUCAGGACGUCGGCGAAUAACCUCGUCGAACUCUUGAGCGAGAAUACGACGCUUGAUGAGAUCCUCAAUGCUUUCACUGACCUCAGGAGUGAUGACAGGCACGGGCUUGCCAACAUGCUCGAAAUCGAGAUCCUGCUCCAGUAAAGAGUUUACAGGGCGGUCAACUGCAGCAGCUUCACCAGAGAGAGUCCACUCACGCUUGGCAACGGAUGCAGCCUCAAGCUUGCGGAUCUCUUCAGCAAGCUUGGCUUGUCUCCGCUCGUGAGCUGAGCGUCUUGACUUGGGAUCUCCAGCGGAAACAUCGGAGAGAGCAUCGUCCGAGUCUUCCUGUUCUGACUCGUCGUCAAAGAGAUCUCUGCGAACAUCGGCCAUGGCUCUCUCAACGUCGGCAUCGUUUGGCUGCUCGGGCUGGAACUUGACAGACUUUUUGGGCUUACCGCCCUUCGACUUUCGAGGCGGAGGCGCAAAGAAGUCCUUAUAGUAGACAUCGUUGGCAUUGAGACCGUUGUCGUCGUCAUCCACAGGCUCAUCCAUAUCCAUGGCCUCAUCCUCACUGUCGCCUUCUGGGGCAUCGAGAGCCAUGUCGCCAAAUGUAGGGCCGUCCUCCUCAUCGUCAUCAUCUUCAUCUUCAGAGACUGGCUCUUUAGCAGCCGUCUUAGACUUUGAACCUGUUGUAGGAGGAGCCAGAGGAUCCGCGUCCCAGUUAAUUUCCUCAUCGUCGCUUGCUUGAUCCGUAUAGGGAUCUCCCUUUGCGUCCUGCUCCUCGAAAUAUUGUGUUUGUCUGUUGAAAUCGUCGAGUGAGAAGAAACCAUCGUUGAGACCGUCGGGAUCCUCCUCAUACUCUUCAACCGGCCCAUCCACACCCUCGUCUUCCUCACCAACUUCCUGAUAAUCGUCUCUGCCUUCUUCAAUCUCCUCUUCGUCAUCUUCCCAGUCGUCCUCUUGGCAAUCUUCUUGAGCUUCGUCCACUGAUAAUUGUUCCUCCUCGUCUUCGGAUCCAUCUUGAUCGCUCUCGUCGUCGUCCUCGGAGUCUACUUCGAAGCCAUCCUCUCCAAAUUCGAGCGUCUUGGAGUCUGACGCAUCAGCACCGUUGACGGCAAUCUCCUUGCGCUCCUCCAACUCUGCCAGCGCCUCUUCUGAAUAUUUCAAGACACCGCCAAUAAUUCUCUUGGCCUGCUGCCAAACCUGGCCGGUCUCGAACCCAUCGAUAUAGACCUUGCGCAUUUUAAGGACAUCCUCACUAUUUGCAGCGCCUCUCUUGCGCUUGCGAUUUUCCUUUAAUCUCUCUUGCUGCUCAUCCCCGACUUGUGAGGCAAAACCUUCGAGAGUGUGCUUGACGAGGUUGAGAGAAUCGGUUGGGAUGGAAGCUGUGGGUUGAAGAAAAGCGUGUCGCUUGCCGUCGGCUAGGCUUUCUAAAAGGGCCAAGACGUGGCUAUUUGUGAGAGAAUCGGGAGCAGCCAUUGCGGGCGGCGCGGCAGUCAAGGUAUGUGAGGUCGAAGUGAGCGAUGGCGAUGUCUGGACGGCCAUGCUCUGGAGCUUUUAUCGGAAGCAGAGCUGAUUUGCACUGCUUUUUACCGCGAUAAGCAAUGGUACAUAAAAGUCGUGGUGUUGCUUGCGAUUGUCGUGGUGUGCGAUGACUUUGAUAAGUCGAAGCUGAAGACGAGUCAAGAUGAAGCGAAAGCGAU